AUGGCCUGUUUUGUAUUUCAAGAUGAGAAGUUUGUGUUAUUGCCAAAUAAGCCAGUCUACACCGUCGGUCGCUUGUCAACCGAUCUGAUCCUGAUCGAGGACCUUAGCAUCAGUCGCACUCAUGUGCGGCUGCACCUGCCGAGUGAGAAGGAUGGGGAGCUUCAAAUAGAAGAUGUGGGCUCGAAAUACGGUACCUUCCUCAACAAUGACAUUCCCAGAAACAAGAAGAUGGCCACAAACACAUUGACGCCCCUGCCAGUCGGUUUUAGAGUCCGCUUUGGCGCCACCACCAACAUUUGGCAGGUAAGGCAGAUGGAACUGGUGACCACUGCUUCUGCGUUGACGCACGCCCAAGUGUUUGAGCUGACGGAGCUCAUUGGGUCCAUGGGCGGAUCUGUGGUUCCAAACUGGACAGACGAAUGCUCGUAUCUGACCAUGAACGAAGCCACAGUCACCGUGAAGCUACUGCAUGCCUUGUUGGAGAACAAACCCAUUGUGACUUUUGCCUUUUGGCGCAAACUGCUGGCGGCAGCGAAAAGCAUUCACGUGCGUGAAGGAUGGCCGCAGCCUAAAGACUACCAGCCCACAAACUUAGAUUUAACUUGGCGUCCCGAGCGCACCACCUUGUUCGCCGACAAAACGUUCAUCUUUAUGAACCGCAGGCACUUUGAGAUCUACGGUGCAGUUGUCAGAAAGGCAGGCGCCACAUGUAAGGAUCUCAAUUCGGGAGUGCGCAAAACGUUUCUCACAAAGAAGGAUGUAGUUGUGAUUCAAUAUGUGCCAUCAACACAGUCCCAGUCAACAGAAACCAUCAACAGCAUCCAGGAUAUCUUGGAACAGUCCGGUUUGCGGAUUAUCCAGGAGUAUGAAAUCGGUAUGGCCCUGCUGCACUGCUCGACCAAAGAGUUUUGCAAUCCAUCGCACAAGCUCAUUGGCGAUUCGAUGACCACUACGGAGUCUAUGACUUCGUCAUUUCAUUGCUCCGUUCUUGUGGCGAAUACAGAGCGUAGCGAGUCCACAGCUGGUCCAGUCUCCGAACUGGUAGUGCCAGAGUCGGACGUCUAUAAAAUGGAGCCGGAAAGUGAUAAGCCCGAAACAGAACCGACAGUACCUAAGAGCAGUCAACAAAAGCGUUGUCGUGAAAUAAUUGUAGACUCCUCGGACGAGGAGCAAGAAAAAACAAAAAAGAAAAGAUCGAUGGAAUUGCCAUCAGAGAAACCAAAGCCAAGGAACAGGAAUGCCAUAUUGGUUGAUUCUUCUGAUGAAGAACAAACAGAAAAACCUACGGUUCGGGCUAGGCCAAAGAGUCGUGUCGUAUUGGUGAACUCCUCGGAUGAGGAAAACAAUAUUUCCUCGAAGCCUACAGCUGCCACAAGGCAGUCGACACGCGGUAAAGAGAACUCUGAAAAUGUGGACAACAAAAAGGAGCCAGAGAAAAAAUCAGAAUCUCCCAGACGUUCAAGUCGGAACCAAGCGAAGGCAACUUUGUCUGUGGCCGUUGAGUCUGAUGAGGAUGAUUUUCCGCUCUUUCAAUUCAAGAACAAUUUGCAAAAGGAACAACCUCAGAAGCCUGCCGGGACUAGUGUUCUACCCAAUUCAGCUGAAAAGACCGCCAAUCCGCCGGCAAGAAUUAGAGUCAUAAACUUUCUAGAAAAAUCGCAGCCUCAAAAGACAGCCCCUCAGCCUUCACAGUCGCGGUCGCAGUCCCAGACGCAGCCCCGCAAGCGUUUGCGCCUGGACCUCAUUAACGAAAGCGACAGCGAUGACGGCGACCAAUUGUUCAAAUUUUCAGACAGUAAGAAGAAAAUGAAGAAGGCGGAGGAACAUGCAAAUGAAGACUCCAACCAUGGGCUAUUCAACUUCCAUUCCCAAAAUCAAAGCGAGGAAGAUUAUCAGAAUCAGGACGAUGUGCUAACAGAGCCCUUCCGGCCCGAAGUGAUAGAUAAACCAAAAUCCAAGUACGUUGUGGUUCAACCAAAAGGGUUGCCCCGUAAGGUGGAUAUCAGUGGCUGGCUAUCAUGUAGCAGGCUACAUGACGAAGUUAAGCCGGAACCGAAUGUAAGCGGUAACAUGGAGGCAGCUCCAGUCGGAGAUGAAGUCAAUCUGGAGCAGUCCAUCAAGCAAGACCCCGAUGCUGAUGAGGCUCACACAAAGUGGCUGGCUUCCAUUCAGGACAGCAUCCAAGUGCGCCUGUGUGCCAUGAACAUCACCGCUCGCCCUCAUGAUGAUGUGGACGCCGCACCAGACGAUUCUGUAAGCAAGUACAACGGCCGAAAGAACUUUAAAAAGUUUGUCAAGAAAACCAAUCCUCAUCCACAUCAACAAGUUUUGAGUCUGAAACGCCUUCAGUUGGCCGACGGCAUUGCCUCGUGUCUAUAAGAAAACAUUUUUUGCUUUUUCUAUUAUAUUUUACUAAUAAUAAACUUGCGAAAUAUGCUCAA